AUGGAGACCCAGAGGGAGCCGUUCCUGGGGCGGUGCUCACUGUGGCUACUGCUGCUGGGCCUGGUGAUCCCUGCGGCCACCGCUCAGGCCCUCAGCUACGAGGAGGCCGUGCUCCGUGCUGUGGAUGGCCUCAACCAGCGGUCCUCAGACGAUAAUCUCUACCGUCUCCUGGAGCUGGACCCGCAGCCCAAGGGAGACGAGGAUCCAGACACCCCAACGCCUGUGAGCUUCACGGUCAAAGAGACUGUGUGUCCUAAGACGACGCAGCAGCCACUGGAGCAGUGUGCCUUCAAGGAGAAUGGGCUGGUUAAACAGUGUUCAGGGACAGUCAUCCUGGACCCAGGCAAGGACUUUUUCAACAUCAGCUGUGAUGAGGUGAGUGGCCCAUUUGCGUUGGAGGUGCUGAUGACGGGGUGGUGUGUGGAACAUUCUAUGGACCAAUUAACCAUUGUCCCAUCCAGGGCAGAGAAAGCCCCUCCUACCCUGGGGUCCUCCCUCAACCUGAGCUCAGGUCUCAGGACUGGCUCUGCAAUUCCUUGGAGUGGUGGUUCUCAAAAUAUGGUCCUCACCUGUGAGCUUGUCGGAAAUGUAGAUUCUUAGUCCCCACCAGACCUACUGAA